CUUUAAAUAACGGGCAGCUCCCCAUCAGAGCCGCUGCACUUGUGCGGAAGAGAAGAGGAGCUGUGACAUUCCACCCCGCGUCUUCACCCGCUCAACCUAAAGCCUAAAGAUGUCCACCAAGGAGAAGCUCAUCACCCAUGUGAUGAAGGACGAGCCUAUUGGCUCCAGAUGCAAGGUGACAGUGGUCGGUGUCGGCAUGGUGGGCAUGGCCUCUGCCGUCAGCAUUCUGCUCAAGGACUUGUGCGAUGAGCUGGCCCUGGUUGAUGUGAUGGAGGACAAGCUGAAGGGUGAGGUCAUGGACCUGCAGCAUGGAGCCCUCUUCCUCAAGACGCACAAGAUUGUAGGCGAAAAAGACUACAGUGCGACCGCCCACUCCAAGGUGGUGGUGGUGACUGCCGGCGCCCGCCAGCAGGAGGGCGAGAGCCGUCUCAACCUGGUGCAGCGCAACGUUAACAUCUUUAAGUUUAUCAUCCCCAACAUUGUCAAGUACAGCCCCCACGCCAUCCUGCUGGUGGUCUCCAACCCAGUGGACAUCCUGACCUACGUCGCUUGGAAGCUGAGUGGUUUCCCACGUCACCGUGUCAUCGGCUCCGGCACUAACCUGGACAGUGCCCGUUUCCGCCACAUCAUGGGAGAGAAGUUCCACAUCCACCCUUCCAGCUGCCACGGCUGGAUCAUCGGAGAGCAUGGAGACUCCAGCGUGCCUGUCUGGAGCGGCGUAAACGUUGCUGGAGUUUCUCUUCAACACCUGCACCCCAAGAUGGGCAUUGAGGGUGACAGUGAGAACUGGAAGGCGGUGCAUAAGCAGGUGGUUGAUGGAGCUUAUGAUGUUAUCAAGCUGAAGGGCUACACAUCCUGGGCUAUUGGAAUGUCCGUGGCUGAUCUGGUGGAGAGCAUAAUGAAGAACCUGCACAAAGUGCACCCUGUGUCUACACUCGUCAAGGGCAUGCAUGGCGUGAAGGAUGAGGUCUUCCUGAGCGUCCCUUGCGUUCUCGGCAACAGCGGCUUGACAGAUGUCAUUAACAUGACCCUGAAGCCUGAGGAGGAGAAGCACCUGGUGCAGAGCGCCGAGACUCUGUGGAGCGUACAGAAGGAGCUCACCCUGUAAGAGGGCUCCUUUCAAAUCUCCAACUCUUGCUGGAUUCACUGUGUGGUUGACUCCCUGCCACCCGACCUGCUGUGUACCUCACAGAAACGGGCAAAAAGACUUCUAAAUAUCAAAAAAAAAAAAUUUAAAAGGCCAAGUGUUUGUAGCUAAACCACUAAAAGCUGGAUGUUACACUUGAAUGUUGAUGCAUUGGUGUCAUUUUCCUUUGCAAACCCACCUGUCCUUGUCUAUAUGUGAUUGAAUUCUUAUAAACACAUGCCAAUGUCACCCUGUUUCAGAGAGAGCAUAUCUAUUUAAUGUCCUUUGCAUAUAGGUGUAUGUACUGUGCAUUGUCUGUUACUUGCAUGUCACCAUGUACUGUUGCUGCUUCUACUGUACACUCCGUUUGAAGUCGGUGGUUGUUACUAGUUGGUUUUCUUCCACUUGGUAAUCUCUGUUUUUAAGAUUUCUAACAGAGGCAUUCCAUGCUCUAUAAAAGGUGGCUCCACCAUCAACCUACAGGCAGUACAACACUGCUGCAUAUUGUAUACCAAAGUACCUUAUAAUUUGAGUAAAGAAAUGUUACAUGAA